GCGGUGCAUAUAAAAAAAAAAAAAAAAAAUGGGCGGAUUGGUCUCCGCAUCCAGAGGCUGGUACCACCUUCCUUUCUAAAAUAAAAUCUCUCUGGCAUGAAGUCACCGCCUAUUUCACAUCCGGUUUGCGCUGGGACGUCUUACUACUGUCUUGCUGCUCAAGCCCGUGAUGAAGAGAAGUCCGGGUCUCUCUGACUGUCUUUGGGCCUGGACCCUCCUUCUGAGCACACUGACGGGAAGAAGCUAUGGACAGCCCUCACAAGAUGAACUGAAAGACAACACCACUGUCUUCACAAGGAUUUUGGACCGGCUUCUGGAUGGUUACGACAAUCGCCUGAGACCAGGGUUGGGAGAGCGUGUAACUGAAGUGAAGACAGAUAUCUUCGUCACCAGUUUUGGACCUGUUUCAGACCAUGACAUGGAAUAUACAAUCGAUGUGUUUUUCCGUCAAAGCUGGAAGGAUGAAAGGUUAAAAUUUAAAGGACCUAUGACAGUCCUCCGAUUAAACAACCUGAUGGCCAGUAAAAUCUGGACUCCUGAUACAUUUUUCCACAAUGGAAAGAAGUCUGUGGCUCACAACAUGACCAUGCCCAACAAGCUGCUACGGAUCACAGAGGACGGCACCCUACUCUACACUAUGAGGCUGACAGUGAGAGCUGAAUGUCCCAUGCAUUUGGAGGAUUUCCCUAUGGAUGCUCAUGCCUGCCCACUAAAAUUUGGAAGCUAUGCAUAUACAAGAGCAGAAGUUGUUUAUGAGUGGACUAGAGAGCCUGCUCGCUCAGUGGUUGUGGCAGAAGAUGGGUCACGUUUAAACCAGUAUGACCUUCUUGGACAAACAGUUGACUCUGGAAUUGUUCAGUCUAGUACAGGAGAAUAUGUUGUUAUGACUACGCAUUUCCACUUGAAAAGAAAGAUUGGCUAUUUUGUUAUCCAAACCUACCUGCCCUGCAUCAUGACUGUUAUCCUCUCCCAAGUCUCCUUCUGGCUCAACAGAGAGUCAGUUCCGGCCAGAACUGUCUUUGGAGUAACAACUGUUCUCACUAUGACAACUUUGAGUAUCAGUGCCAGAAAUUCCCUCCCAAAGGUGGCCUAUGCCACAGCCAUGGACUGGUUUAUAGCAGUAUGCUACGCAUUUGUUUUCUCGGCUCUGAUUGAGUUUGCCACAGUGAAUUACUUCACGAAGAGAGGUUAUGCAUGGGAUGGCAAAAGCGUGGUUCCAGAAAAGCCAAAGAAAGUGAAGGAUCCUCUCAUUAAGAAAAACAACACGUAUGCACCCACAGCAACCAGCUAUACCCCUAAUAUGGCAAGGGGUGACCCUGGCUUAGCCACCAUUGCUAAAAGUGCCACCAUAGAGCCAAAAGAAGUCAAACCUGAGACAAAACCUCCAGAACCCAAGAAAACCUUUAACAGUGUGAGCAAAAUAGACCGAUUGUCAAGAAUAGCCUUCCCGCUACUAUUUGGGAUCUUUAACUUAGUCUAUUGGGCCACCUAUCUAAACAGAGAGCCUCAGCUUAAAGCCCCCACACCGCAUCAAUAGGUUCUUCUGUCACAUUCUUGUUGUUUGGUAUUCUGCACUGGGAAUUGCUUUCUGUUCUCAACGCAGUGACUCCUAUCUGCUUUCCUGCCUCUGUCUAAAAGAUUCUGAAGGUUUCCUUAUUUCCAUAAUUCAUAUAAGAACAUGAGACCCUGUCUGACAGUUCAGAGCAGAGCAGAGCAUACAGCUUGGAGACAGGUUUCUGGGAGGAAGAAAGGGCAGAAAAUCAUGUCAGAAGGAGACAGAUGUGAGAGUAAAGAAUGGGAAGGAAGGUCCAAAGAUGUGAGGAAAGGCAGUAGAAAACAAAAAAAAAAAAAAAAAAGCUUAACUAUGAC